AUGGCACUCAGUGCAGUGAAAACAACCUUAGAAAGGGUCUUAGAUAAGGAUCUGUCGGAUUUAGUUAGAGGAAUAAGGGCUCACAAAGAUAAUGAGGCGAAAUACAUUAAUGAAUGCAUUGACGAAAUAAAAAAUGAGAUAAAGACAGGAAAUAUAUCAUCCAAAGCAAAUGCUAUUAACAAACUAACUUAUCUCCAAAUGCUUGGAUAUGAUAUGUCCUGGGCUGCAUUUAAUGUUAUCGAAGUCAUGAGCAGCUCAAAGUUUUCUUUUAAGCUGCUUCACAAUCGUUCGGUGAACAAACAGACGUUCUUAUGCUUGCGACUAAUCUUAUUAGAAAAUGGAAAACUUUAUGAUACCAGCGUUGCUCUUUCUGGAUUUUCAUGUUUUGUGACCACUGAUUUGGCUAAGGAUUUAUGUGAUGAUAUUUUAGCUCUAACCAUGUCUCCCAAGCCCUACAUUGCCAAGAAAGCAAUCCUCUUGUUGUACAAAAUUUUCUUAAAAAAUCCCGACGCCUUGAGAGCAGCUUUUCCGCGCUUGAAAAAGAAGUUAGAAGACCCUGAUCCUGGCGUUCAAUCUGCUGCUGUAAAUGUUAUAUGCGAAUUAGCUCGCAAAAAUCCACAAAAUUAUCUCUCUCUGUCACCUAUAUUUUUCAAUCUCAUGACAACCUCGACCAAUAAUUGGGUGCUUAUUAAGAUUAUUAAAUUGUUUGGAGCUCUUACACCGCUUGAACCUCGUUUGGGCAAGAAAUUGAUCGAACCUCUGACAAACCUUAUUCAUAACACAUCUGCAAUGUCUCUGCUCUACGAAUGUAUCAAUACUGUGCUCUCUUUCUCUCUCUCUCGUGUGUGUGUGUGUGUGUGUGUGUGUGUUUUAUUUCUCUUGAAAUAUUUGGGCCUCUUGGCCAUGGGCAAGAUUCUACGUCACCACCCCAAGAGUGUGCAAGCCCACAAGGAUCUCAUUCUUGCCUGUCUUGACGAUCGCGACGAGUCGAUUCGUCUUCGAGCGCUUGAUCUCCUCCACGGCAUGGUUUCCCGAUCCUCUCUCGUAGAAAUUGUUCGCAAUCUGGUUCGACAUCUCUCCAGUGAGGACAUUGGACUGCACUUCAGGGGGGAAUUGAUUGCAACCGUGGUGAAAGUUUGCUCUCAAGAGAAUUAUCAAUACUCACUGCGGUUAUUGAUGGCUAUCUUCAAUUUUCUUUCUGACGGACGAUUACCCGCUUUACUUGCUUUAUUGUUCUGCUGCACUAAGAAGGCUAAUCGGCCAUUUCGGAAAGGUGUUUUUUUCUUAAGGGGUAGGGCCACUGCUCAUCUCAAAUUACAAAGAAGGUGGAGACUGUUGCAUGGAAAAAUGCGUAUUGGUGGCGAACACACGGUGCUCUCGUUUUUUGAGGAGUCAUGA